AUGCCGGGCUUCACCUGCUGCGUACCGGGCUGCUACAACAACUCGCACCGCGACAAGGCGCUGCACUUCUACACCUUCCCCAAGGACGAGGAGCUGCGGCGGCUCUGGCUGAAGAACGUCUCCCGAGCGGGCGUCAGCGGCUGCUUCAGCACUUUCCAGCCCACCACAGGCCACCGCGUCUGCAGCGAGCACUUCCAGGGCGGCCGCAAGUCCUACCUGGUGCGGGUCCCCACCAUCUUCCCGCUCCGCGGCGUUAACGAACGCAAGGCGCAGAGGGCGGCCCGCCGCCCCCGCCCGGUCGCCGCUGCCGCCGCCGCGGCAUCGCAGAGCCCCGGUGCCGCCGGCAGCGGCGAGGCCCCGGCAGGGGGCGCGGCCGAGGAUGUGAAGCCGAUCGACCUGACGGUGCAGGUGGAGCUCGGGCCCGGGGCUCCCGCUGGGCCUGGGCCCGGGCCUGGCAGGCUAUCGGCAGCAGCACGGGAGGACGGCCCGUUGGAGGGUGGCCCCCCGGACCAUUCGUACUCGCUGUCGUCGGGCACCACGUCGGAGGAGCUGCUGAGGAAGCUGAACGAGCAGCGCGAUAUCAUCGCCCUGCUGGAGGUGAAGAUGAAGGAGAUGAAAGGCAGCAUCCGCCGCCUGCGCCUGUCCGAGGCCCAGCUCCGGGAGGAGAUACGAGUGAAGGACCGGCUGCUCCACGCCGCCGGCGCCGGUAACCGCAAGCGUCACGGUCUCUGA